UGCAGUUAAGUCUCCCGGCCGCCGGCGCAGACAGCCGGGGAUCAAGGCCGGGACCAGCCCUCCGCCACCCAGCCCUCCUCCCUGCUGUUCCCAGCCGUCCCCACCCCAGGCCCGAAGAGAGACGGGGCCCGAGGCAGGCUCCAUAUCCUGAGCACCAAGAUCCCCUAGGACAGUCCCUGGGCCCUGAGGGCUGAGCUGCUGCAGGCCCUACCGGACCUCUGUCAGCCAAGUGCCCCCCACCUGCUCUGCAUCUGGCCGGUGUAGGCCUCUACAAUGUUGCCACCUCUGUGUCCCCUCCUCCUGGCCCUGGGCCUGGGCCUGGCUGGAACUCUCAACCCCAAUGAUCCCAAUGCCUGCAGCUUCUGGGAAAGCUUCACCAUCACCACCAAGGAGUCCCACUCCCGCCCCUUCAGCCUGUUCCCCUUGGAGCUCUGUGAACGGCCCUGGGAGGGCCCCCAUAUCUGUCCCCAGCCCACGGUCAUCUACCGGACUGUGUACCGGCAGGUGGUGAAGACGGACCACCGCCGGCGCCUGCAAUGCUGCCGGGGCUUCUAUGAGAGCAGUGGGGCCUGUGUCCCCCUCUGUGCCCAGGAGUGUGUCCAUGGCCGCUGUGUGGCACCCAAUCAAUGUCAGUGUGCACCAGGCUGGCGAGGUGAUGACUGCUCCAGUGAGUGUGACCCAGGAGUGUGGGGACCACAGUGUGACAAGCCUUGCAAUUGCGGCAACAACAGCUCCUGUGACCCCAAGAGUGGGGUCUGUUCUUGCCCCUCUGGCCUGCAGCCCCCGAGCUGCCUUCAGCCUUGCACCUCUAGCCACUAUGGUCCUGCCUGCCAGUACAGCUGCCAGUGCCAUGGGGCACCCUGCGAUCCACAGACUGGAGCCUGCUUCUGUCCCCCAGAGAGAACUGGGCCCAGCUGUGAUGUGUCCUGUCCCCAGGGCACUGCUGGCUUCUUCUGCCCCAGCACCGAUCCUUGCCAAAACGGAGGUGUUUUCCAGGUCUCCAAGGGCCCCUGCAGCUGCCCCCCUGGCUGGAUGGGCGCCAUCUGCUCCCUGCCCUGCCCCGAGGGCUUCCACGGACCCAACUGCUCCCAGGAAUGUCGCUGCCACAACGGCGGCCUCUGCGACCGAUUCACGGGGCAGUGCCGCUGCGCUCCGGGCUACACCGGGGAUCGGUGCCGUGAGGAGUGCCCUGCUGGCCGCUUCGGACAGGACUGCGCGGAGACGUGCGACUGCGCCCCCGGUGCCCGCUGCUUCCCCGCCAACGGCGCGUGUCUGUGCGAACACGGCUUCACUGGGGACCGCUGCGCCGAGCGCCUUUGCCCCGACGGCCUCUAUGGCCUGGGCUGCCAGGAGUCCUGCACCUGUGAGCCGGAGCACAGCCUCAGCUGCCACCCGAUGAGCGGGGAGUGCUCGUGCCUGCCAGGUUGGGCAGGCCUCCACUGCAACGAGAGCUGCCCGCAGGACACGCACGGCCCGGGCUGCCAGGAGCACUGUCUCUGCCUGCACGGCGGCACCUGCCAGGCGGCCAGCGGCCGCUGCCAGUGCGCGCCAGGCUACACGGGCCCUCACUGCGCUAGCCUCUGUCCGCCCGACACUUUCGGUGUCAACUGUUCCACACGGUGUUCGUGCGAAAAUGCCAUCGCCUGUUCACCCAUCGACGGCGCGUGCGUUUGCAAGGAAGGUUGGCAGCGUGGUAACUGCUCUGUGCCCUGCAUACCUGGAACCUGGGGCUUUGGUUGCAAUGCCAGCUGCCAGUGUGCCCACGAGGCAGUCUGUAGCCCCCAAACUGGAGCCUGUACCUGCACCCCAGGGUGGCAGGGGGCCCACUGCCAGUAUCCCUGCCCGAAGGGGCAGUUUGGUGAAGGUUGUGCCAGUCGUUGUGACUGUGAGCACUCUGAUGACUGUGACCCUAUUCAUGGACACUGCCAAUGCCAAGCUGGCUGGAUGGGUACCCGCUGCCACCUGCCUUGCCCUGAGGGCUUCUGGGGAGCCAACUGUAGCAACACCUGUACCUGCAAGAAUGGGGGCACCUGCCUCCGUGAGAGCGGCAACUGUGUGUGCGCACCUGGGUUCCGAGGCCCCUCCUGCCAGAGACCCUGUCAGCCCGGCCGCUAUGGCAAACGCUGUGUGCCCUGCAAGUGUGCCAACCACUCCACCUGCAGCCCCUUGGACGGGACCUGCUACUGUCUGGCUGGCUGGACAGGCCCAGACUGCUCCCAACCAUGCCCCCCAGGAUUCUGGGGAGCCAAUUGUGCCCAGCCCUGCCAAUGUCACCAUGGCGGUACCUGCCACCCUCAGGAUGGGAGUUGUGUCUGCCCUCCAGGCUGGACUGGACACCACUGCUUGGAAGGCUGCCCUCUAGGGAUGUUUGGUGCCAACUGCUCCCAGCCAUGCCAGUGUGGUCCUGGAGAAAGGUGCCACCCAGAGAUUGGGGCCUGUGUGUGUCCCCCAGGCCAUAGUGGUGUACCUUGCAGGAUCGGAAGCCAGGAGCCCUUCACCAUCAUGCCUACCUCUCCAGUGGCCUAUAACUCACUGGGUGCAGUGAUUGGCAUUGCGGUACUGGGGUCCCUCGUGGUGGCCCUGGUGGCACUGUUCAUUGGCUACCGCCAUUGGCAAAAAGGCAAGGAGCACCACCACUUGGCAGUGGCCUACAGCAGUGGGCGGCUGGAUGGCUCUGAGUAUGUCAUGCCAGAUGUCCCUCCUAGCCACAGUCACUACUACUCCAACCCCAGCUACCACACCCUGUCACAGUGCUCCCCAAACCCUCCACCCCCGAACAAGGUUCCAGGCAGUCAGCUCUUUGCCAGCCUCCAGGUCCCUGAGCGUCCAGGUGGAGCCCAGGGGCAUGACAGCCAUGCCACGCUGCCUGCUGACUGGAAGCACCGCCGGGAGCCCCCUCUGGGGCCUCUGGACAGAGGUGGCAGCCGCCUAGACAGAAACUAUACCUAUGACCACAGCAAUGGUAAUGGCCCAGGCUCCUUCUACAAUAAAGGACCUACCUCUGAAGAGGGGCUGGGUGCCAGUGUGGUGUCCUUGAGUAGUGAGAACCCUUAUGCCACCAUCCGGGACCUGCCUGGACUGCCAGGGGGGCCCCGGGAGAGCAGCUACAUGGAGAUGAAAGGCCCCCCCUCAGCCUCUCUCUGCAGGCAGCCUCCCCAGCUCCAGGACAGCCAGAGGCGGUGGCAGCUCCAGCCUCAAAGAGACAGUGGCACCUAUGAGCAGCCCAGUCCCCUGGUCCAUGACAGGGACUCUGUGGGCUCCCAGCCACCACUCCCUCCAGGCCUGCCCCCUGGCCACUACGACUCACCCAAGAACAGCCAUAUUCCUGGACACUAUGACUUGCCUCCAGUGCGGCACCCCCCAUCACCUCCACUUCGUCGCCAGGACCGUUGAGAGGCCAGGGUGGUAUGGCAGAGGCCAGCAUACCUGGCCCUUGCUUCCUGAGGCUGGGGACAGAGCCUGGUGUGCCCUGCCAGGAGCAGGGAGUGGACUGCCAGGCUGCAGACAUGAACAUGUUUAACUGAGGAGGUGCAUGGAGAGAUGGGAGCUUGGCUUCCAGGCGUCAUCACAGAAGAUGCUGGUCAGCAGAAUGUCUUCUUCCCUUCUCUUGGCCCCCUGCUCCUGGCCGACUGCUCCAGGGCCCUGUGUACAUAACUGGUGGGUUGAACGUUGUCGGAUGACUCCGAUCUCAGAUUGAUUUCAAAAAUGCAUAUUGAGUAUCUUUCCUGGGCCUGCCCAAGCUGGGCAGUGUGUGUGUGUGUGUGGGGGGGGGGGGGUCUCUGUGUGUGUGUGUGUGUGAUUUCAGAGAGGUACCUUUGUUAACAGGCAGGCCCAACGCAAUUAUCUCUAGCAAAGGCUCCUAACUGGCCCCCUUGCAUUCGCUCAGUAACCCCUCCUGCACAGUCCAGAACAAGAUGGCUAGGACACUGCCCACUGCACAGUCUUCAUGAGUGCCUCCUUGCUCUUCAGCCAGAAUAAAAACUCUCAAAAGCCUUAAAGGCCCUGCUGGCCUGGCCUGUCUCUCCAGCUUCACCUUGACCUGUGUUUCUGUUACUCUGCUCCAAUGCAGUGGCCUCUAGGUCUCCUGUUUGCCAUGUGGCUUCCUACCACAGGGACUGCACAUCUGUAGUGCUCUCCUCCCUCACUCACCUGGGAACACUGGCUUGUCCUUCACAUCUCCUCCUCAGUGGGCACCCCACCUGCAUACUUCUUUCAUAUCCCUGAUCGCAGCUGUGUUCACCCAGCAGAAGGCAUGCAGGGUGCUGGGCACUUCCCCAGUGUGCUCCUUUAUGUGACUAAUCUGAUUACUCUCUGGCUGCCACACUAGAAUGUAAGCUCCUUGAAGGCAGGGCUCCUAUGUUUGUGCUCAAUAUCAGCUCCCUCAGGUACAUAGUAGGCACUCAAUAAAUGCUUCCCAAAGGCUAAGUGGCUGAGUGAAAGCACUAAGUGCUAAGGGAGAUGGUUAAUCUGUGUGCAGCCUUCCCCAAAGGGUGGCAUUUCAAUAGGUGCGCAACACAGAGGGUCAAAGGUGGGAAGAUCCCAGGGGCAGGGGAUCUGCCCAGGGGCAACAAUGGAGCUAAGCUGGGUGCAGAGGCAAGAAGGAUGACAGAGAAAAGUUCAAGGCAUACCUCACUUUACUGUGCCUCACUGUGCUUGGCAGAUACUGCUUUUUUUUAAGAAAUGAAAAGUUUGUGGCAACACUGCUUCAAGCAAGACCGUUGGUGCCAUUUCUCUAAUAGCAGGUGCUCACUUGUCUCUGUGUCACACUUUGGUAAUUCUUGCAUUGCUUCAAACUUUUUCAUUAUAUUUGUAUCUGUUAUGGUGAUCUGUCUUUGACAUUACCAUUAUAAUUUUGGGGGAGUCACACAAAUCGUGCCCAUAUAGUACAGCAAACUUAAUAAAUGUGUGUCUUCUGACU